GGAACAAACACGUACCCAAACAUUGGGAAAUUUGGGUGAAUGUCAAGGGCAUUUUAGUAAAAUGACUUGGAUGCUAUAAAUAUUGAUACUCAUGUCUGAAUGCAACAGAGAAAGGAAAAAUGGAAGCUGUUAGAAACAGUUGCUUCAGCUCGGUCUUCAUAGCUCCUCUUGAAAGUGAUGUGUUGUUGAAGAAGAAUAAGAAUAGAUAUGCAUAUAAUCAUAUCAGGGUCACCAACAAUUCAUUCAAGUCAAACAGGAUUUAUUGUAAAUUACCUGAGGGUGGGAUUGAGGAGAACCCCACAAGUAUGAGACCCUCCAAUUUCAGGAACAAGAUGGAAGAGUACAACAUAGCGAUGAAAAGGAUGAUGAGGAAUCCAUAUGAGUAUCAUCAUGAUCUGGGCAUGAACUACACUCUGAUCACUGAUAAUUUGAUAGUGGGCUCCCAGCCUCAGAAACCUGAUGAUAUAGAUCAUCUGAAACAGGAAGAGAAUGUUGCAUACAUUCUAAACUUGCAGCAGGACAAAGAUGUCGAGUAUUGGGGAAUUGAUUUGCUGUCAAUAAUAAAAAGAUGUAAAGAAGUUGGUAUUCGUCACAUGAGGAGGCCAGCAAGAGACUUUGAUCCGGAUUCAUUGCGCAGUGGUUUGCCUAAAGCUGUUUCAUCAUUGGAAUGGGCCAUUUCUGAGGGAAAAGGCAAAGUGUAUGUGCAUUGCACUGCUGGACUUGGAAGGGCCCCAGCUGUUGCAAUUGCUUACAUGUUCUGGUUCUUGGGAAUGAAUUUAGAUACAGCAUAUGACACACUAACUUCGAAAAGACCUUGUGGACCAAAUAAAAGAGCAAUUUGCGGAGCUACUUAUGAUCUGGCCAAGAAUGAUCCAUGGAAGGAGCCCUUUGAGAGUCUACCAGAAUAUGCAUUUGAAGAUGUUGCAGACUGGGAGAGGAAGUUGAUUCAAGAACGAGUUCGUUCCCUCCGUGGAACUUAAAGCACUUACGAGUUCGUUCCCUCCGUGGAACCUAAAGCACUUCUACUUUGGGUCCACACUAUCGUUUUGAGUUUUUCAAUAUCUCAACUAUGGAGUUGCUAAUGGUGAGACGCUGAGAGUGGAUCAGGAAGCAUCCUUUUCUCUGUCCACUAAGGGAUUUAGAGCUUUGGAAAUAUAUAUUUAGUUCUAUUUUUUUUUUCUUUUUUAAAAUAAAAUCCCCCCAGAUUGGGCUUGUAUAUUUGCAAAGCUGAAAUGAUUAUCCUUCACAAUAAUGGACCUUAUCCUAUAAAGAACUCGCACUUCUUAAAAGUGCUCCUUUUCCAUAAUGUCAUUCGCUGUUCAACUA